AACACGCUGGCACGAUGCAUUACUAUUAUUGUUGUUGUUGUUGUUACCAUCAUCAUCAUCAUCGUAGAUAGUCCCCAUUGUCGCCGUGUAUGCGGUUUUGUUCUGCGCGCGUUUCCUCCAGCAGUCAGUCGCGUGUGCACAGAAAUCACGAGGCUUUGCACAUUUUUGCUUUGUUCGUCCGCGUGCGUUGCGCGACAACGCUGGACAAGUCUUUCGAUCGCGCAUAAAACCGUAUGAUCAUAAUAUUAUAGUAUUAUUAAUUUACCGUAACUCGCCUGCCCAUAUUAAAUUUAGGCGCAUGUCUGUCUGCAAUUUUACAUAAGUAAAACACUGCAGUAUUCUACGCUCGCGCGUUAAAUCCAUUUUGACGAUCACGCCAUACUCCAAAGACGACAUGGAAAGACAACGGGCAGAGUCGACGUUCACCAUCAUUUCAAAGGUCAAGAAUUCGCCCAACGUGAACACUAUGGUGAAAUGGCUAAAGUCCAACAAGUUGCUCAUAUUAAUCUUGGUAUCGGUCGUAUUCGGAGUGCUCCUGGGAUUGACAUUAAGACCGUUGCAUCUUAGCAGUGACACAAUCACUCUAAUUUCAUAUCCUGGUGACCUUUUCUUAAGGACUUUAAAGUUGAUGGUGUUACCAUUCAUUAUAUCGUGUAUAAUUAUAGGUGCUGCUAAUUUGGACAUCAGCAAAAACGGCAAUGUCGCAGUCCGAACAAUUGUAUAUUUUGUCCUUACGUCUGUUUUUAAUGUCUGCUUGGGGUUAACGCUUGGUCUGCUCGUUCAUCCCGGCAGUCCAGAUUUAAGGUUGACAAAUACAACGUCAUUUUCAGGGCCUAAAAAAAUGAAUGUUAUGGAUGGAUUUUUAGAUAUGGGAAAGAAUUUAUUACCAGAAAAUUUGUUUCAAGCUACAAUUCAACAAACAUUAACCGAAUACGAGACCGUCAUGGGUAUUAAUAACACGAAAACAUUGAAAAAAGUCGUUAAAUACAAGGACGGUACAAAUACAUUGGGUAUAAUAUUCUUUUGUCUGAUUUUUGGAACCGUACUGGGCACGAUGGGCGAACGUAAGCAACCCGUUUUGAACUUCUUCACAGUUACCUACGAAGUGAUGCAAAAGAUACUCACCGGAGUGAUUUGGUUUACGCCCAUUGGAGUGGCCAGCGUUAUAUGCGGGAAGAUCAUCACACUGUCCGAUCUCACUAACACGCUGGUCCAACUCAGCUUAUUCAUCGUAACGACGGUCGGCGGUUUCCUAUUCUAUCAACUGAUAGUCAUACAAAUCAUUUAUUUUGUAAUUGUGAAGAAGUCUCCAUGGUCGUACUACGUGUCACUAGGACCAGCUCUAGCGACCGCGUUUGCCACUGCUUCCAAAUCAGCAUCUCUUCCAAUAACAUUUAAAGUGUUGGAUGAAAAAUUAAAGAUGAAUCCAAAAAUCACUAAAUUCGUCCUUCCAGUCGGUACAAUCAAUAUGGACGGUUCAGCUCUGUACCUAAGUGUAGCACUAUUAUUCUUAGCGCAAAUCAAUAAUUUGCAACUAGGCAUUGGAGAAAUUAUCACUAUCGGGUUGGCUUGCACGGCGGCAAGUAUGUCUUCGGCGGCUAUUCCGUCGGCGGCUAUCGUCUUGGUAGUAAUGUUGUGCAGCGUCAUCAAUAUACCCACUGAAGACGUAUCUCUGCUGUUUGCCGUCGAUUGGCUAGUGGAUAGGUUCAGGACUAUGAACAACCUGAUUGGAGAUUGCUACACGGUGGCCAUUGUUCAGCAUUUAUCUAAAGAGGAAUUAGAACAGGACGACGAUUUAAACGAGAAAGAAGCCGAAGAAGCGCACGUCAACGGCACGUUUGUCAUCCAAGAACAAGAACAAAAUACACAUACAAAUCAGAGUUUUACCAACACGCCAGUAUAAAGUUAUAUUAAUCUUGUUUAUAAUAUACAUAUAACGACUGUGAAGAGUUUCCAGUAUUAUAAUGAAUAUAUACAACGGAGGCUAAUAAAUUGCACGUGUUGCAGACGACAAUUCGUAUUAUAUUAGAACUCGAACGUAUUAUUAUUAUUAUUAUUAUUAUUAAGUAGCAUUAGUAUUUUACUUAUUUUUAUCAUUAUUCUUCUGUGUUCGUAUGACCAUUUACAUUGCGUACCUAUUAUUUUUUUAUGAAUGUUUUUAAGAAAGCUCGAUGGUAAAACAUACAUAAAGUAACGUCAGAUUUUUUCGAAUUCAAAUUAAUAGUUCAAUAUUUAAAUACUGCACAUUUCCGGCAGUGUUUUCUUGUUUUACAUUCUUGUUUACAUAUUAUUUACUAUAAAAAUCUAUAUACCUGUACGACGCGUGAACGCAAACUAAAAAGCAUCAAAGAACAAUUAUUGCAUUAUAAUAAUGUAUACCAUUUUAGUCUUAGUGGCUAAUAUUCUCAUAUACCGUGCCUAGACUCACCACGCGAUCUCAGAACCUCGUAGUUGGUGAUUGUUGUAAUCGUUUUUAAAUUAAAAUACAUCUAUAAAUUAUAAUAGUAUGUAUCGUCACAGAAAACGAAAACGUUUUUUUAUUAUUUUGGCAUUUAAUAUUAGUACAACAUAAUAUAAAUGAUUUGAAACUUUGUUAAAGACAUUUUGUGUUACCCUCGUGCUUUCUUGUAGUUAUUAUUAGAUAGUUGUUUGUGUUUUUUAUCAUGUCAGUAUAUAUUACUAAUUUAAUAC